AUGGCAAGGAAAUUCGAUCUCAAAACAAUCACCGACUUAACUGUUUUGGUGGGCACUGGUAUAUCACUUUACUACCUUGUUAAUAGAUUGUUGAAUGAUGUGGAGUCGGGGCCGAUGGGAAGUCGGUCCAAAGAAAAUAGGACGAAACAGGACCAACAAUGGCAAAAACUCAUUGCAAAAUCGCCCGACUUAGCUGAUGUGGAUCUGAAUGCUUAUGAGAGAUCUAUUUUAAGCUCCGUGGUUACAUCUGACGAGAUCAAUAUAUCCUUCAAGGAUAUCGGAGGGUUAGACCCAUUAAUUUCCGACCUGCACGAGAGUGUUAUUUACCCACUGACCAUGCCUGAGGUAUACUCGAAUAACCCACUACUACAAGCACCUAGUGGUGUUUUACUGUAUGGACCGCCUGGCUGCGGUAAGACUAUGCUUGCGAAAGCGCUGGCUAAGGAAAGUGGCGCCAACUUUAUAUCCAUCAGAAUGUCCUCGAUAAUGGACAAGUGGUACGGGGAGUCAAACAAGAUAGUCGACGCCAUUUUUUCUCUGGGGAAUAAGCUGGAGCCCUGUAUUAUUUUCAUCGACGAGAUCGAUUCUUUUUUGAGAGAACGAUCAUCCACUGACCACGAAGUAACAGCUACGUUGAAGGCGGAGUUUAUGACGCUGUGGGAUGGUCUGGUGAGUAAUGGGCGGAUAAUGAUAAUUGGUGCUACGAACCGGAUUCAAGACAUAGACGAUGCCUUUUUGAGGAGAUUGCCAAAACGUUUCAUGGUAUCUCUGCCUAGGGUGGAACAAAGGAAAAGGAUUUUGGAAGUGCUGUUGAAGGAUAGUAAAGUUGACGAAGAACAUUUUGAUAUAGACGAAAUUGCUAGCAAGACGAGAGGCUUAUCAGGUUCUGACCUGAAGGAAUUAUGUAGAGAAGCUGCUCUCACUGCAGCAAAGGAAUACAUUAGGCAGAAGAGACAGAUGGUAUCUGAUGGUAAAAACGGCAAUCAACCUGGCAUAACAAUAAGGCCGUUGAAAACCUCCGAUUUUCUCGGGAUGGCUGCCUCUGGGGAAGAGGUGUCUAAUUCUAUAGAAUUAGACUAG